CUCGAUCCGCUAUUAUUUCACGGAGAGUGAAUUGAACAGUGAAAAACAAAAGCAGGCAGAAAGAGACUUUUGGCUCCACAUAGUAAUGGAAAACCAACCCAACCUAACAAACUUUCUUAAGUCAACAAAAAAACACUACUAUCUUUACCUAUAUUCCAAUAAAAAAAUAUUUUCUCAAACAAAAAAUCUUUGCAACAUUCUCCUACCAAGCUGACUCAUCCAUACGUCACACCUUUCAAUACAAACACUGUACAAAUACAUCACACUUUCUCUUUUCUUCAUUUCUCCAACUCUCGUCAUUAUGAUGAUCCAAUAAUUAACCAACCAACACCAUGCCUCCGUCGUUUGUGAGUUUCUCCGGCUUAUACAGCGGCUACCUCCGUCGCUGUUUCACCGGAGCGGGUCUAUUCUCUCAAAAAAUCGACAUAGACGACGAAACAACUCUCCAUGUUUGGGGACCAACAAAUCAAGCCACAGAAAAACCAUCUCUGGUUCUGAUUCACGGAUUCGGUCCUACGGCGAUAUGGCAAUGGCGUCAACAAGUUCAAUUUCUCGCUCCUCAUUUCAAUAUCUAUGUUCCCGAUCUAAUCUUCUUCGGUGAAUCAACAACGAGAUCGAAGGAAAGAAGCGAGAAAUUCCAAGCAGAGUCGGUUGGGAAAUUGUUGGAGAAAUUAGGGUUGAAAAAAUGCCACGUGGUGGGGACGAGUUAUGGAGGUAUUGUUGCUUAUAAUAUGGCGAAAAUGUUAGGGGAAGAGAAAAUUGAGAAAGUGGUUAUUUGUAGCUCUGGUGUUAAUAUGACGAAGAAUCAUAACGUGAAGUUGUUGGAAAGAGCUGGAAUGGAUAAAAUUGAGGAUCUAAUGUUGCCUUCAUCUACUCAAAAUUUGAGGAAAUUGAUGACCCUUGCGGUGGCUAAAAGAAUCCCUUUCAUGCCUGAGUUUCUCUUGAAAGACUUUUUAAAGAAAUUAUACAUGGAAAAUAGGAAGGAAAAGAUGGAGCUUUUACGUGGCUUGUCCCUCGGAAAGAUUGAUACUUCAAACAUUUCACCUCUUCAACAAGAAGUUCUCAUAAUUUGGGGGGAAGAUGACAAAAUAUUUCCUGUGCAGAUGGCCCAUGAACUGAAACAGAUAAUCAGUAAAAAUGCAAGAAUAGAGUUGAUGAAGGAGGCAUCCCAUGUGCCUCAAACUGAAAAGCCAGAGGAAUUCAACAAUAUUAUCUUUAAUUUCUUACGUUCCAGCUCUUAAAUACUUUUUAUGGUUCUGUUUUAUAUAAAUAUUAUUUUUUAUGAAAAACUAUUAUUUUAAUUGAUGUCUAAAAGUCACUAUGUGCUUCAAUGUCCACUUUUUCUAACACAUAUUUCUUUCAUGAGGUUUUUGUUGUACAUAAUAUUAAAAAUAAAUACAAAUUAUCCGUUGAAGUGUAAUUCAAAUUUAUUUUAAAUUUUAUUAGAUUUAA